UAAUAUUUGUGACUACGUCGACAAGAGAGAGAGGAGCCCUUUGCCCGUCAGCAGCGUCACAGAGACGAGUCGAAGACGAAGGAGAAAAGCUGCUCGCGAAUAAAUAAAAAUACUAAGACACCGACGGAAGAAAAGAAGACAAGAUGGUGGCCAAGCAGAGGAUCCGCAUGGCGAACGAGAAGCACAGCAAGAACAUCACUCUGCGAGGCAACGUGACCAAGUCCACGAGGAGCGUCACUGAGGAUAAAGGUGUGGGUCCCUGGUUGCUUGCCCUCUUCAUCUUUGUCGUCUGUGGAUCAGCCAUCUUCCAGAUUAUUCAGAGCAUCAGGAUGGGCAUGUAGUGAUGUCACAAGGAAAGGGCGGGGCCAGAGACCAGCUGGAAGACGACGACGACCAUCAAGAACCUACCGGAACAUUCCUGAAAUCUAACGCCCGUCAGCAGCACACAACUGCCCCCCGCCCCCGUUACCUGUUACCCCCCCCCCCCCGAACCUCCCGUUAUCUGUGUUGAUUUAAUUUCGGCGCUGACCUUCAGUGGUUCUGUAAACAAGCCACAGAUGUGCCUUUCUGUGUUUACCUGUGUUUUAGCUCCACCCACUCUGACUCCACCUUAUCAGUGUAACAGGAGGAGGGGGGGCACAGUCUUUAAUCAGGACCUAAAUACCCUUUCUACCAUUCCAGCUUCAAGCCUGAUCUGAUAUCUGUCCUUGUCCCCCACAGCCCCCCCGAGAUGAAAUUAGGUCUUUUGAAUCAGAAGGUUUGAGGUGUUGAAGGUGUGUUUGCACCGUGUGCAGCUUCACCUGAACAAUCGCGUUCAAUAAAGAAAGAAUAAAGUUUCAUUUUGAAGAUGGA